GGAGACGCAGGUGAGGAGCCAGACUGAGAGAGACUCCUGACAGGAGACACAGGUGAGCUAGACCGAGAUGAGAAGAGGACAUGGAAGACAAACACAGAGCUAGGAGUCUGAUGUCCAGUGUGCGGAGGGACACAGGAGAGGACACCUGCCAGUGUUCAGGCAGAAUGGACAGAGGUACCAGUGAGACCUGUGUCAGUGUCUGCCGGCUCUCCAGUGAGUCUGCUCUCCUCUCUCUCAGUGCGGUGUUCAUGUCCUGUGGUUAUCAAAAGUAUUCACCCCCUUGGAAUUAUUUACAUUUUACUGUGUUAGAAUAGAGAAUCACACCGUUUGGGAUUUCUGUGAUUGAUCAACAGAAAACUCACUAAUAUCAAAAUGAAAACAACAUCCCGCAGGUCCUGCUAAAUUAAUUAUACGUCUAAAAUGGGAAACGAUUCAUUCCGUAGAUUUUUACCUUUGUCACCGUGACGCAACUAAACAGACUCUGGUGCAGCCAGACGUCUUUAGAAGUCUGAUCACUCGUCGAGUGGAACCCACCUGCGUGCUACCAGGGUGUUUCCCCCUGAGUUUGGGUUGAAUAUACCCGUCUCUGGGACGUCCCGCAGUGCAUCUGCAGCUGUAGCUGUCCGGAGACCGCGGUAAGAGCCUGUAAUGCGCUUUACCGCGGUACGCGGUCCACGGGCCACAGAUGAUCGACAGGUGGCUCUUGUGGUGCGUCAGAGGUGAGUGAACCGAUUUCUUAUUUUCAUCUCUCUGCGGUGCGUGUUGACAUCUGCCUCAGAUGGAAUAUUAAUGUGGGUUUUUACUCCUAAAGGGACGUUUUAGUAGCGGAGCGUGACAACGACAGGAGGGUGAUGCCUCUGAACGUUGUCAACGAUAUUCGCUUAGGAAUAUAAAGGUGUUUCACAUGCCGUAUUUGGCUGGUAGUGGUAGCUAAAAUAAAAAUACUCAACUGUAUUCCACUUUCUUCACACACACUUUAUACAUCAGGGUCUUUAACUCGGACACUUACUGCGGUAAGUCUGGAAAAGUUGUGACGUGCCCGUUCUGACUGUAUUAAGUUUAUAUACUUUGUAAAAAGCUGUUCUGUCUUCACCUUUUCUAUGAAUACUUGCUGCUGUUAGUGCAAUAAAAAAACCUGUACUUUCCAGAACCCGCUUCACAGGGAGUAUGGUAUUGUGAUGGUGAAACUGAAGAAAUUAAUAACGAUGUGAAUUUGAGUCUCCAUUUCUUCGGCUCUUUCACUUGUGGUGACUUGGGAAAUGUUUUGACGUGUCCGUUUCCGAGUGGCGUGUUGGUACAGCGUGAGGCUCUUCCUACCAGAGAUCUGGGUUCGAUUCCUGCUCGGGGCACAAGUUUUCCUUCUAACAAACAGGCUCCUUUUUAAACAAAAAAAUAAAUAGUGAAUAUUAUGUACCCUUUAUUGACUUUUAAUUUAUUUUUUUUUAUAUAAAUGUCACAGCGUGUUCAGGGCUAAGUGAUAUUAUUAAAGGCAUGAGCAAACUUGAGCACUGUCAGUAGUGGGAGUGAAAACCAGUUCAACAGGUUUCAUUCAGUUCAAAUCGAAAUACUUUAUUCAUCCCCGCAGGGCAAUUAGAAUCAAGUCUAAUAAGUAUAUCUAUAAUUGUGAUCGAGACUAACAAAGUGGUGUUACAAAGACCACUGAAAUUGAACUAUAAUAACUUAUCUGGUCAUUAUUAACAAUGCUAAUUUAUUCACAAUAAUUAAUUUUGUUCAGAGUCAUUUGUGUUCUCUGGUUUUAAUAACCCUCGCUUUCUUAUUAAACACCUAUAUUUGAGACGCAGUGUUUCAGAUGUCGAUAGCUUUGUGACCGAAGGAGCCAGAGAUGAAGGUUUGUGAAAAUGAUCACAGCUUUUAUUUCAGCAACAUCUAGUAACCCGACCACAUAGAGCUGAACAGCAGAAGCACUCUCUUGAAUCUGUGAAACUCUUUCUGCAUUUUCUGUUUUUACUCCGAGCACAAUAAAUGACAUGUGAAAUUCUUUUGACAGGAGGGAUGAGGUUCUGUGCUCAGUUGCUUUUUCACCACAGCUCGCAUGACGCUACCUUUUUUAGGCAUCAGUCGAAGCGUUCUGAAGUCUUUGGAAAACGGGGAAAAAUGUCACAUAGAGUGCAGUCUGUAAGUAUCCGCACAAACAGCGACACAGUUUGUGUUGUUUUGGCUCUGUGCUCCAGUGCGUUGGAUUGGAAAUGAAACAGUGACCAUGAGGUUAAAGGUUAAAGGGCAGACUGUCAUCUUUAAUUCGAGGGUCUGUAUUGGGUGAACCAUAGAGGAAUCACAGCCCCUUUUAUACACAGCCCCCCCAUUUCGGGGAACCGGAAGAAACUGGACAGCUGGCUGCUCAGUUGUUUCUUGGCCGGCUGUGUGUCGGUGCACGAGAGAGCUGACGAGGUCUGGCGUGGAUUCUGGGUGGGGCGUGUGCGUCUGGAGCCUGUUGCUGUGGUCCCUCGACACGAGGGCCCAGGAGGUGUCCCUGCCAGUGACAGCGGGCCACCGUGAGGCCGGAAAACCGGAAUAAAUCCAUCGGAGGCAGAGCCAGGACGCGAGGCGUGUCGGGAUCGACUGGCUGGUACAGGGAGAAGCAGGAACGCGCUGGUGAGCUGGUGGACCACGGGAGACCACAGCAGCGGAUGACCGCAGACUUUCAGUCGGGAAGAAAAACCCCUUUUCCACUCUUGAACAGAUCGGGAACACUCUCCAGGCUGUAGGCAUAGAUGUGUCCAAGACAACACCAGCCUCACCUCAGAGGGUCACCCCCAGACGCGGACCACGGGUGAGCCUCCAGACCAGAAAGGGCCCGGUUACAGUGUGCUAAACCUGCGGAGUUCUGGGAUGGAGGCUUUCUGGACGGAUGAGAGGAAGAUGGACCUGUACCGGAGAGAUGGGAAGAGGAGAGUGGGGCUCGUGAUCUGCACACCUCCUUGUCUUCGAGCCGCGGGGGAGCUGGUGUCCUGUCCUGGGCUGACGAUGUGACUGCAGACCGCAGCAGCAGGAUGAGUCCUGAAGUGUGCAGAAGCACCUGACCUGCUCAGAUCGACGUUUGCAGUUUAUAAAAAUAGUGCUGCCAUUUAUAAUAAGGGUUUUUAAUAGUAUUUUUUGGAUCUUUGUAUCGCAUAAUUGUAUUUUUUUUGCCUUCUACAUUUUGGGAGUGAAUUAAGGUAAGCUCUAAGCAUUGUUUGCCAAAAGGCAGGUGUUGUAAAUACUAUCUGUGACUUUUUGUUAAGUUGUUAAAUGUUCCAUUUUUUCUGAAUGCCUCAGAACUCACUGGACGGCACUUCACCUUGCAGCAGGACGGUGACCCCCAAACUGCUGGGAUACCGCUAAACCCACCAUGGAGGUUUUCAGGGCCAGAAUAAAGGAACAUGUUCUUGACUGGCCCAGUCCAUCACCCCACCUGAAUCCCACUGAGCACAGACUUCACUGACUGAAGGCAAGAGGUCUCUGACACAAGCAGGGACUGGAAAUGGCUGAAUGACGCCCUGAAAUCACCCUGAUCUGCCUCCUCACCAGUGUGUCAGGAGACACGACGCUGGGAAGUCUGUGAUCCUGGAGUCUUGUCUCUUGGAGUGAGGUGGGUGGAGAGAGAGGUGGGGGAGAUGUCACUGGACUCCUCUCUGCUGAUAGACGGUGUCCUGACGUGGGACAGUGGCAUCUGCCGGUGCUCCCAGUCCAGUACUCCUGACCAGCAUGUGGAAAAGCACCAGUUCAUCUGUGUCAAUGCGCUGUCUGUGAGCUCACGCCAGGCUGCAGAGGAACCGAGGGGCUUCAGCAUCCUCGCCUGUGGGCCAGCAGUGACAACAACGCAGCUCCUGCAGGAGGACCUCGGCGCCAGCGGACGGGGCCGGGUCGAGGAGGCUGUGGGACGUCCGGGAAGCUCUGGGACAGGUGGGCAGGGAAUGGGAAUGUUAGGAAACGGGACCAGGCAGCCAGGACUGGAGAGGGCGCCCCCAGACCUGCAGUUAGAGGACAAGGGGCUGUGCUUGACUGGAGGGGACGGUACCCCUUCAGCACCGCAGGGCACGAGGCGCCAGGCAGGAUGUCCAGACGCUGACAGUGAGAAGACAGUUUCCAGGAAGUCCAGAGGCUGGCAGUGGGAAGACGGGUACAGACGGGGUGUUGUGAUAGAGGAAGUCCAGACGCUGGCAAUGGAAAGACCCGAGUGGAUGAGGAGUUUGGUUGGAGGAUGUCCAGAUGCUGACAGUGGGAAGCCCAGUAUGGAGUUGUGAUAGAGGUUGGAUUCUCUCACCUGUUUUUUCUUUUCCUUGGUUUUCCUGGAUGUCCACAGGCUGACAGUGGGAAGACAGGUAUGGGUGGGGUGUCGU